CUUUCCCUCCUCCCCCACCCGCUCCCCGCGCCUGCGCUUUGAAGCGCGCCUCCGUCGCGGGCGCAGGCACGCAAGGCUUUACUCAAUGGACCCCGCCCGCUGCCAAGCCCGGAAGAGGCUCCAGGCAAGGUCCCAAGAGUACAUUGGGGCAGCCAUCUUGGAAGGGGGUAGAGAAGGCGGAAAGAUGCCAUCUUUCUUAAGGGGCAACGCGUUAUCUGUCUUACAGAAUGGGAGUUCAAGGGAAGUCAUCAUCUCGAGUACCCUGUUGAGUGGAAUGUCAUGGCCAGCUCCUCGGACAGUGAAGAUGACAGUUUCAUGGCUGUGGACCAGGAAGAAACUGUGCUGGAAGGGACAAUGGAGCAAGAUGAGGAGCCCCACCCAGUAUUGGAGGCUGAGGAGACUAGACAUAAUAGGUCCAUGUCGGAGCUGCCAGAAGAGGUUUUGGAGUAUAUCCUGUCCUUUCUCUCACCGUAUCAGGAACACAAAACUGCGGCCCUUGUCUGCAAACAGUGGUAUCGACUUAUCAAAGGUGUAGCCCAUCAGUGUUAUCAUGGUUUCAUGAAGGCUGUCCAGGAAGGAAACAUUCAGUGGGAGAGCCGUACCUAUCCUUAUCCUGGAACCCCAAUCACUCAGCGCUUCUCGCACAGUGCAUGCUAUUAUGAUGCUAAUCAGUCUAUGUAUGUGUUUGGAGGCUGUACCCAGAGCAGCUGCAAUGCUGCUUUCAAUGACCUCUGGAGACUUGACCUAAACAGCAAAGAGUGGAUCCGACCUUUGGCUUCAGGGUCCUAUCCUUCCCCCAAAGCUGGAGCAACUCUGGUCGUGUACAAGGACUUGCUAGUGCUGUUUGGUGGCUGGACUCGGCCAAGCCCUUAUCCCCUACACCAGCCAGAGAGAUUCUUUGAUGAAAUACACACUUACUCACCCUCUAAAAAUUGGUGGAACUGCAUUGUGACAACCCAUGGGCCACCUCCCAUGGCUGGCCACUCCUCCUGUGUGAUAGAUGAUAAAAUGAUUGUCUUUGGUGGCUCUUUAGGAUCCCGGCAAAUGAGCAAUGAUGUCUGGGUCCUUGACCUUGAACAGUGGGCGUGGUCCAAGCCGAACAUCUCCGGCCCCAGUCCUCAUCCUCGAGGUGGCCAAUCUCAGAUUGUCAUAGAUGAUGCAACUAUCUUAAUCCUCGGAGGGUGUGGCGGUCCCAAUGCUCUAUUCAAGGAUGCUUGGUUGUUGCACAUGCAUUCUGGUCCUUGGGCCUGGCAGCCACUCAAGGUAGAAAAUGAAGAGCAUGGGGCCCCAGAACUGUGGUGCCAUCCAGCUUGCCGGGUGGGACAGUGUGUGGUGGUCUUCAGCCAGGCUCCUAGUGGGAGAGCCCCACUCAGCCCCAGUUUGAACUCUCGCCCAUCACCUAUCAGUGCCACUCCUCCAGCUCUCGUUCCUGAAACCCGAGAGUACCGCUCUCAGUCUCCAGUAAGAAGCAUGGAUGAAGCUCCUUGUGUUAACGGCCGCUGGGGAACACUGAGACCCAGGGCUCAAAGGCAGACUCCUUCAGGUUCCCGGGAAGGAAGCCUUUCCCCAGCCAGAGGAGACGGCUCUCCUAUCCUCAAUGGUGGGAGUUUGUCUCCAGGAACGGCAGCUGUGGGUGGCUCUUCUUUGGACAGUCCUGUACAGGCCAUAUCUCCAAGUACUCCAUCUGCUGCUGAAGGAUACGACCUAAAAAUGGGACUUUCUUUGGCCCCCCGACGAGGAUCACUACCAGAUCAGAAAGAUCUGAGAUUAGGAUCCAUAGACCUGAAUUGGGAUCUGAAACCCACUUCCAGUAGCAAUCCCAUGGAUGGCAUGGACAAUAGGACAGUUGGGGGAAGUAUGAGACACCCUCCUGAACAGACAAAUGGUGUGCAUACCCCGCCUCACGUGGCCAGUGCCCUUGCAGGGGCUGUCUCCCCAGGUGCCCUGCGUCGGAGUCUGGAAGCCAUCAAAGCGAUGUCCUCCAAAGGCCCCUCAGCCUCUGCAGCACUAAGUCCUCCUCUUGGGUCUUCUCCAGGCUCUCCUGGGAGCCAGAGUUUGAGCAGUGGAGAAGCAGUGCCCAUCCCUCGCCCAGGGCCUGCCCAAGGAGAUGGACAUUCCUUACCUCCCAUUGCCCGCCGCCUGGGCCACCACCCUCCACAGUCCCUAAAUGUUGGCAAACCCCUAUACCAGAGUAUGAACUGCAAGCCCAUGCAGAUGUACGUGCUGGACAUUAAAGACACCAAGGAGAAGGGGCGGGUCAAAUGGAAAGUAUUUAAUAGCAGUUCUGUGGUUGGACCUCCUGAAACCAGCCUGCAUACCGUGGUACAAGGCAGGGGUGAACUCAUCAUAUUUGGAGGACUCAUGGACAAGAAACAGAAUGUGAAGUACUAUCCAAAAACAAACGCCUUGUACUUUGUACGAGCAAAGAGAUAAUGUGUUCUAAACCCCUUUCCUUUUCUGUGGCUUUUAAUUUGGAAUUUUCCAGUGUGUAAGCAUUUGGACUGAGAAUUGGGAAAACAAAAUUACUCCCAGAAGCCAAAACUCUUUAAUUCCUAACCGAAGUCACUCCAGGCUGGGAUCAAAUCUCCAUUAAGAAAAAAAAAUUAUAUAUACAUAUAUAUAUUAUAUAGCCAACUCUGUUUACAAAAAAAGGGAGAGAUCUCCAUCCUGGUUCAGAUAAAAUUGUUGCUGUGUUUUAACAGGGGCUGGGCUGCCUUUUUCUACCUUGCUGGUAACUAGACCCAAGAAGUUAGAGAACAGACUAACAUUAGUAACUUUCCAAAAGAAACUGAAGAGGCCCCUGUAAAUCUUUAUGUGGCCUUCUUGGAGUUAAAAAAUGAAAGGGCAUAUGUAAGUUGCAAAGGUGGAGGUUUUUAGACUCUCAUGCUUCAGGUGCUGUCAGGGUAAAAGUAACUGUUCUUCCCCUUCUCCUCUUAAAACCACAGAGGACCUGUGACAGCUCUGCAGAAAUGCCAGUGCCUGGCCCCUCUUGCCCUUUAUGGCUGAGGAAAGUUACCCAACAGAUUUUAUUCCACAUUUGUGUGCCGGGUCAUCGUGAAAUAAUGUUUAUGCAGCCAACAUCUGACCGCCUAGUAGUGUCCAUUGGUCUUUGGAGUGCUUCUUAUGUGUCUCAGAAAACAUUUUGUGUCUGAUUGUGGAAAUUUCUGACAAUCAAUCAUAUUUGGUUGCAAGUUGCCAAAAAACAUACUUAUUCUCCUCUUUCUUUUUUUUUUUUUUUUUUUUUUUUGAGACGGAGUCUUGCUCUGUCACCCAGGCUGGAGUGCAGUGGCGCAAUCUCGGCUCACUGCAAGCUCCGCCUCCCGGGUUCACGCCAUUCUCCUGCCUCAGCCUCUCCGAGUAGCUGGGACUACAGGCGCCCGCCACCACGCCCGGCUAAUUUUUUUGUAUUUUUAGUAGAGACGGGGUUUCACCGUGGUCUCGAUCUCCUGACCUCGUGAUCCACCCGCCUCAGCCUCCCAAAGUGCUGGGAUUACAGGCGUGAGCCACCGCGCCCGGCUUCUCCUCUUUCUUCUCUUAGAACAUGGUACUUGGAAACUGCCUUUUCCAUUCACUUACAGGCUGCUUUUUUCUUCUACCUUUUUUUCUUUUUUUUUUUUUUUUGCAUAUGUGGAUUUUUUUUUUUUUUAAGUCCUAAAACCUGUCUGACUUUCUGUUUCUUUUACAAAGCUCAGGUGCCUACAGAAAUCAGAAGCUGCUUAGAAAUACUUGUGGAACCCUUUCCCUGGUGUCACUAGGGGGCCAGUAGGGAAUUCUAAGAUGCCAAUAUUGUGAGAAAUCUUUGAAGCAUCAAAAGAUACUGUUUUUUCCCUGUGGGCUUCUUUUUACUUCCAAAGCACAUUGAGCACACUCAUCCCAUAUUUGUAGAAUGUGGAAAUUGAUUCUGGAAGGGAAUUCCAAUAACAGUUCUUUUUAGAAAUGUUUUUUUCCUUGUGGUGACAUAUAUUCCUCUUCCUGGCUAUUGGCAGGUGAUGGAGUUGAGAAUCAUGUACUUGACUUCUUGACGCAUGGCUGACCUCAGGAACAGCUCCAUCCUUUGCACUUGUCUUCUUCAUUUGUCACCCAAAUAGGGCUUGGGUUUUUACUUUCCCUUCAUUUCUGAGAUUAAGGUGUAACCAAGUAGAGCAUUUCUUUGCUUGAUACAGAAAGUUACUAAUCUCAACCAUGUCCUGGGCAUAGGAGAUGUCAAAAUAAGUUUAUUUCAAAUGGCACCAUUUAAAUAGGGAUUUUUGGUGAUUUCUCAUCAGUAGAAAGAGGAUUUUUGUUUUGCUCUUAGGAUUUAAAUUUCAAAACGUCACCUUUCCCACCCUGACACUCCUCUUUUUAUAAUUAGCGUUUCUCAGGCACAAAGCCUGCUGCAGCUGGUCCUGGCUUUCAGCCAGCAUCUGGCAGCCUAAGUGUACUGAUAAUUGUGUUUUCUCCUGUUACAUCAUGCUGAAUCCUUUCUCUUAGCCAUUAGCUUUUACAAUGUGGUCUCGGUAGGAAAGCCACCCUGGUGCCAAGCCUAGCUUGUGGGGAGGGGUAUGUGUUCCAGAAACUGCUCUCUGUGUUCCCUUCAAUGAGGAAACAACAUGUGUCUACUUAUGUGGCAUCCAACUGCUCGGAGCUCCACACUUCCCUUUCCCGACUCUGGGGCUCUGGUGCUGUUGCCAAUCCUUGCUUGGCAAAGACUGUUCGAUCAUGUGGGGUCCUUAUUUACAAGGGAAGGCUGGGCCAGAAGAUUAGCAAUUCAGGUGUUACCGCUAUUGCUGUACCUUGUGUUAGGACAUUGUGUUUGUGCAUGGACUGUGCCUCCAAACUCAGUAGUUCCUAUCUAAAUAUAAAGUAUAUUAGAAACCUGAAAGUACAGAAUCUCAACCUUACAGUCUUUCCCUUAGUCCUGUGGCCUUCCUAAGCCAGCUGUUAACGUGUUGAUUCCUUCCACUUCCCCCAAGUAGGCAGGCAACAGAGAUGUUGAUUGUCUUAGAAAGUAAUCUGGUUCUUCUGAACUCCAUUGAAUUCUGGUUUGACCCAUACUGCCUGGAACCGGACUGUUUGCUUACAGCUUUUUAAGAAAAAUCUGCCUUGUCUGCCCCCAUUAUUGUUGGUCUUGGUAGCUCCCGGGCACUUGUGGGCGUGUACCGUGGGAAAGUGAGUCAACACAGUGAAGGUGAUUGUCUCCUCAGGCCUCCUGAAGCCACCUGUGCAGUGGGACUUCACGUGUCUCGGCUGAGGUGAGCAUUUCCACAAUGCUGUGGAUGCUGCAGUCAGGCCAGAUUGAACCAUGACCCCAUUUUUCACAUGAUACCAAUUUUGUCUUAAAAUUCACUGAGAAAAAUGAGAUUAAAUUUUUUUUAACCCUCAGGAGCACCUGAAGCAAAUAUUUAUCAGUAUUUAUUGAAAAUGCAUUUUGUUUCUACUUGAAGCUUUAACCCCUUCCAUUCCUGCAAGUGUGCCUUUUGAGAGCUCCCAUGGCCUAGUGACUUCACUGGUCACCUUGUCCAUCUUAGGUAAGAAUUUUAGUCUCUCCCUACCCUUUUGGACGGAGCUUCCUGUUCUCUCAUUUCACAGGUUAUGCAGCAGAGAGGGUUUUGUGUUUUCAUUCGUAUUUCCACCCUUCACUUGGUUGGUGGACUCCACAACCCCACCCUACCCCACACUUUAGGAGCACAAAUUUGGUGUUGAAACAAGCUUAAAUUUCAUUUUAAGGCAUACUGGGCUUACUCUCCUCCCAGCUGUCUGUGGAUUGAUUUGAUUUUAAUGUUCGAGUUUUACAGCAACAGCUGAAAACCGUGAACUAUUCUAGGAACUGUGUUGGAACUCUUUAAAAGAGGAGGAGGAGGAGGAAGAAAGAAAACCAACUUAAGAAGCCUUGACUUUGGAGGACAGAAAGCCACCAGCCAAUGGAGAACAAAGAGAUGUUUCCCUUUCCUUUCUUUCACCUUGUCAUUCUGGGUUUCCUUCUGCUUCACUCUUUCCUUCCCCCUUAAAAGUGGUAUUCCUGGUUGGGUUGUCUGUCUGUCCUUGUCCUUGUGGUGAUCCUGGCAUGGUGAUGUGCUCUGCUUUGCAUUAUCCGUGGUCUCUUACCAGUGCGCAAGUCAGUGGGGAGGAUCUAACCACGCCUGGUGGUGAGGAAGCUGAACUUCCAGGACUGCGUCCCAUGUAGCCUCUCCAUGAACUGCAGAAGGCAUGUUCUGCAUGGUUACCAGUAAGUGGCUCCCUCUCACUGUGUUCAUUGUCAAAUGAGAGCAAACUUUAGGUGUUGGCUCCAUUGUACACUCUACUUGCUCUGCUCCCCUCCCUCCAACCAGGGUUCAUGUCAGUGCACACCCCAUGUGCCCUGGCGAAGCUGGUGCUGUGAGUGAUGUUUCCCAUACAACUCAGGGAUGCCAGGUGGCUUACCCUGAGAUAGUCAUUUUAGGCACAUAACAGUGUAGGAAUGAAACAUGGAUUUCAUUGAUAUUUAAAUCUGUCAAUUUCAUUUUUUGUUAAUGUUUUCCCCUGAUGACUUUUUAGCAAUUUAACAAAUAAAAUAAAAUGGACAAUUGU